AAUUUUAUGAAAUAUUCAAAAUAUUUUCCUAACAAUCAAGAGUAUGCAAGCAAAGUUUAUAAAGAUUUCUCGAUUAAAAAAAGACGAAAGAAGCAGAAGAGGUCAAAAUCAGCUGAUGCGAAAUUUGAACAUUCACCAACGAUCUUAGAUCCAACAGACCUCAAAGUAACAAUUCUAGAACCAAUAGACAUCCCUCCUGAAGCCAAUCACGAAGAAACUUCAAGGAAUUGGACUUACAAAAAAAGAAAGAAGCAUCCCGAAGCUAGCACAUGUGCAACCCAAACAGAGGCCGUCGAUACCAUACAGACAUAUACACAGACAGAUAAUAAAAGCGUGCAUGAAAUGGCAAUUCAGACAUUGGAUGAGGAAGUUACUGAUAGCCCAAAGAUCAAUUUUGUGGACACUUCACAGAUACCAACAUUUGAGUUUGUUGAUACACAACAGUCUUCAACAGAAGAUACACAGAAAUCAACAACUCCGCCUCCAGAACAGAUUUGGAUUGAGAUGAAGAAUUGUGGCGAGCCAAGAAUAGUUGUUUCUGUGAUAGGUGCUUAUAAUGAAAGGAUGCCAUCGUAUGCAUGGGCUGACCAUUCGUUGUUUAUUAAAGCCCUUAACCAUGUGGCAAGAUAUGCUGGAAGUAAAAUUAUUUUACCUACAACUCAUAAUAAUUAUAAAUGUAGCUUGAACUUAGGAAUUUCAAUGCAUAAUACACAAUUCAUAUCAAAACGAACUCUUGCAUACAGUUUCAUAGACUAA